GGAAGGGGAGCUUUGGGUUUUCUUGUGUCCAGCAUUCAUUUGUUCCAUAGAUUUGCAUUCCGAUAUGCUGUGACCGUAUUGUUGCAUAUGUGGUUGAAAGUGUGAGAGGAUUUGUUACUAAAUUCUUCACACGAGAACAGCUCACUCGUAUAAUUUUCUCCCGCAUUGAUGAUACAAACAGGAAUAUUUCAAGUUCCAAUAUGGCGCGAAGCGAGAAUGGGUUGUGGUGCAGUGGGUAUUCGAUGUACUUGUCAAAUGUGUAAUCUUCAUUAUGUGAGUGCUACCCGAUUGAAUACUUACAACUGUUUUCAUGUAUUUAUGGGCACUGGUGUUGUGAGUUUAUUAACAGAGACAUCCAAUUGAUACAUAAAUUAGUCAGAUGCAUUUUUCAUAGAAAAAUGGCAUGAAAUGGAUUGAAAUAUGGCGAGAAAGAAUGGUAAAAUGCGUUCAUUCAAUGUGGCUGUGGUGGGGCUGUCAGGCACUGAAAAGGAUAAGGGCCAAGCAGGGGUUGGAAAGUCCUGCCUCUGUAAUCGGUUCAUGGCAGCCCUCGCUGAUGACUACAGUGUGGAUCACAUAUCUGUUCUAAGUCAGACCGAUUUCAGUGGCAGGGUUGUAAAUAAUGACCACUUUCUUUAUUGGGGUGAAGUAACAAAGACAUCAGAAGAUGGUAUAGAUUUCCUAUUCCAAGUAAUAGAGCAAACAGAGUUUAUAGAUGACGCAACCUUUCAGCCUUUUAAAGGUAGUAAAAUGGAACCGUAUGCAAAAAGAUGUAGUGCAACAAAGAUUACUUCUGCAGAAAAACUAAUGUACAUUUGUAAAAAUCAGCUUGGCAUUGAAAGAGAAUAUGAACAGAAACUUUUACCAGAUGGGAAGAUAAACAUUGAUGGAUUUCUGUGUGUUUUCGAUGUCAGUUCGGUACCUUCUAGAACUAUAGAGAAGCAGGUAGAAGCAGUAUCUGGCAUACUGAAUAAUCUAAUGAAAACCAAGAAACCAAUUGUUCUUGUCACUACCAAAAAUGAUGAUGGAAAUGAAACAUAUGUGAAAGAAGCUGAGAAGCUAGUCAGUAAGAAAGAGUACAAAGGAGGAAUAAUGUUGGUGGAAACCUCAGCGCAUGAGAAUGUCAAUGUAGACAUAGCCUUCAUAGUGCUGGCUCAGCUGAUUGAUCGCACCAGAGGAAGGGCAAGGAUCUUACCAUACAUUGAAGCAGCAAGGGUGAGGAAAGAGAUUUUAGACCAGUCAACAGAAGCAUUGCAGUUGCUGAUACGUUCCCAGGUAUCUGAUUACAGAGCGACCUGGAGUCUGACAUCGAAGAAAUUAUUCCAGCAUAAAGAGUUCAUGCACUUUCUUGAAUUGUUUGGAAUGGACAGCUCGCAGAGAUUAUUUAAGAGACACGUGAAGAAGCUACAGGAUGAACAUUUUGCUAAGAAAAUUCAAGGUUAUAUGGAUAUGCUUCCUGACAUUCUUCAAGAGAUGUUUCCAGAUGUGACAGCACUUCGAGAUUUGGACUGGUCAUCAGUUCAGUUGCGUAUCAAAGAACACCCUGAUUUCAAUCAGUACUUCUAUGAGAGUCCUGAAGGUAUACCAUGGACAGAAUGUGAUUUUGAUGAAGGGAAUGAGACAAGAAUUCCAUAUGAUGUUCUGGAUACAAGUGAAGCAGAAAAGACUUAUAAAAGCCACGUUAGUGGUUUGCAGCAGGAACAGAAAAGACUGGAAUUACCUCAAAGGUGGAAAAAGCAGUUCAAACAACUUUUGGAAGAUACAGGUUAUGUAACUCCUGGAAAAGCUUUAUCAGAAGUUAGAGUUCUCUUCAUGGGCAGGGAAUGUUUUGAAGCAUUAUCAGAAAUGGACUGUCAACACAUUUAUGACCAGCAUCAGAAGGAAAUAAUAGAAAAGGCAAAACAUAAUUUUCAGGAAUUACUGCUGGAGCAUGCUGAUCUGUUCUAUCAUUUCAAAAGUAUUGCUCCAGAAGGUACAAUCACUCAGGAUGAUAUUAAGGAGAUAACCGAUGCUUUGCAAGAUGAUUCAAGGUACAAGGCGUUAGAUCGAAUAGACCAGGAUAGAAAACUGAUGCUGUUUCAACAUUUGGGAUUUGUUCAUUGUCCAAUAAGAGAACAUUGCCCAGCCUUUCCUAACUGCAUGGAUGCACUUAUUGAACGAAUACUACGCACAAGGGCUCACAGGCCUUCUUCAUGGAAUCAUAGCAGUCAGUGGCGAUUAAAUUCUGACAAUAAUCAGUUGAAUUUAGUUAUUUUAGGAAUUGAUGGUUUGGCAGAGGAAUUGGCGAGUGAAAUUCGGGUUCAGUGUGAUGAAGAUGAAUAUGAAUUAGAUUGUCAUCUAUAUACUCUUGACUAUAGAAUCAUUGAUGGAGAUGUCAGUUUACCAGAAAAUUCAUUUAAAGGGACAGACUUUUUGCCAAAUGGCUGCUUUUGUGUAUAUUCAAAUCCAGAAACAUUUGAGUAUGUGAGAGAUAGUCUUGAGAAAACAUUGCUGUCCAAUUUGGAACAGGAUGACAGAUUGCCUUUCCAAGGGUUGCCAAUUGUGAUCUUGUUUCUUCCUGAUCCAUCUGUCGAUGAAAGUGAGAUACUGAGGCUUCGUGAGGAGGGGCAGAGUUUGUCUGACAGUUUACAGUGUCCCUUCAUUGAUGUUUCACUGGAAGAUAUCAUAGCUCCUGGGCAGCGAUUCACACCACCCUUGAUAGCUGAAGCAAUGGGACAGCUCAUUCAAAGUAUUCAUCAUCGGGCUGUUUUUCUUAAUGUGUAUCAGUCAAUUUUGGAAUGCUCUGAACCAGAUAUCAGGAUUAUUAUGUGCAUGUUCUGUGGGGACCCAUAUUCUGUAGAAAAUGUUUUGGGUCCUUUACUAAGUCAUCAGUGUUGCUUUUUGAGUGGAGACCGCAGUAUCAUCCUAGAAACAUUCCUUGAUGACUCAAAAAGGAAGGUAGAAGUGAUCAUUUCAUCAUUCCAUGGUGCCAACGCUUUCCGAGAAGAAUUGGUGCAUGGAUUCAUAUUAGUAUAUUCAGCCAAGAGAAGAGCAUCACUCGCCACCCUGAAUGCAUUUUCGAUGAACAUUCCUAAUUUACCAAUCCAAGUGCUAGCAGUGACAGAUGCAGGAGGUGCAAAUGCUUUCUUCAGCAAUGACUUGAGUCACCUUCUUAUAACAGAAGGAAAUGCCACAGCAGAUCGUUUGAAAGCACAUUUCAUGACAUCUGUAUCAUCAGCUCAGCAGAAAACUGCAUUUUACACACCUUUCUUCAAAGAAGUGUGGGAGAAAAAACCAGAAAUAGAGCAAGCGUUUCACAUGGAAGAGCCUAUUAGUUUUAAUACUUCUGGUGAGAGUACACUGGAAAUGCCUCCACGACAACCACGGCCACCUCCAAGACAUGAAAGUUAUCAUAUUAAACCAGGAUCAAAUGAAGGGAGUGGAUCAGAAAUUUAUGAGAUCCAGCCAAAUGAUGGCCUUUUGGAUGACAUGACAGAACUGCUAACAGCAACAAUUCCUGAAGACAGGCUAACCAGCUCUAGUGAUGAGAGUUACAUCUACUCUGAUGUGGAACUCAAUGGUGAUGACAAUAGUGAACCACUAGUCAAACAAAAUGAAAUAAAAAUCAAUGACAGGUUGCACCAUGUAAAGAGAGGACGCAGAAGGCGGAUCAGGAAUUAAGGAAGAGGGUAUUGAAGAGCAACCAAAUAUAUUCUGGGAGCAGUUAAAUUUGAAUGACUGCUUGCUUGCUGUUAUUCAUGGAGACCUAACUUAGGAUGAACCUGGGAAGCUCUGCUGAUUAAAUCUUUAUGCUAGUCCCACAAAAGAAGCCAUAUGAAUAGGGCCCCUUUUAAAUAUUCUCAAGUAUUCUUCAUGCCAUUGAUUACCCCAGUUUUCAUACUCUAAUGCUUGGACAUUUUUGUCCUACAGUUUGUAUUAAAUAUAUGAGGUCUUUGAUACACCUUUGCUAUGAUCUGAGUAGAAAUAGUCAUAACCAGUAAGUUUAUUUAAGAUGUGUAUGAUGUACAUAAAAAUUAGGGUUCAGAAGAGUAUCGUUUUAUUAGUGAGACAGAUUUUUGUAUUUCCGUUCAGUUACUAGAUUUAUAUAAGUUCAGUGUUUCUUACACUUCACAGAAGUGUGGGGUUUAGCUGGGAUUAUCAGAAGUGUGCUGUAUUUAAGUGGUGUUUAAGAGUCAGGAAUUACACAUUGAGGUGGGUGCUAAUGAAUGUUUUGCACAGAACCAGGUACUGUUACACAUAAACUCUUACUGAUGCAGUAAUGCACACAAAAUUAAAUUAUUGACAGUCCUGGCUGUAGCAUUAGUGUACACAGUAUGUGUUAGCUGGUUAUGGCCAAAAAUUGCCAACAGUAUAGAAUUUAGAGGAAUGUGUUCUCAUCCCAACACUAGAUGGAAUAAAAAAGAGCCGUGCUAAAAUAAUGUAAAUGUUUGUAGAAAUGUCUUAUCCUGCAAAUAGCAUAGGUGCACACAACCAUUAUUAUAUCUUCCCCAAGUCAACUCCUUUGGAUGCUGUAGAAUCUUUGCUGCUUUAGGCUGGGGCCACACGAGUGCACAAAAUGCAUCUGUUGUAACGAACGUCGUGACAUCCGUUGUAGAUAUAAAUA